AUGGAAGGUUUUAUUGACAAGUGGAGUAUUUCAAAAGAGAAAGUCGAACUUAUUAUCACAGAUAACGCGCCAAAUAUUGUACUCGCAGCGCAAAGUACUUUCGGAAAGGACAAGCAUGUUCCAUAUUUUGAUCACACUCUCAACUUAGUUCCUAAGGCUGCGCUGGGACAUAAAACUAUAAACAGAGAUUUAGUGCCGAACGUGCCAGGCGUCCCUGAGUUAAAUAAAAAAGUUAAAGCUGUAAUUGCUUUUUCACACAAAAGCAUCAACUUUUCAGAUGAGUUCAAGCGUGUGCAAAUGCAAAGGGGAGAAUCAGAAGGCACGUGUUUACGUUUACUUCAAGACGUUCCGACUCGCUGGGGAUCAACGUUUCUCAUGCUUUGCCGAUUGAUGAAAAUGGCCGAUAUUAUAAGCCUCGUAGCUCUCAAAUUUCCCGAUGUUCAGAUGGUGAGUGGCUCGGAAAUGGAAAGUCGUAGCAGCAUCAAGGAUAUUUUGGAACCAAUUCAUUUCGCCACAACAGAGAUGGGCGCAGAGAAACAUACAACAGCCAGCAAAGCUAUUCCAAUGGCAUACUUGAUAGAAAAGAGAAUCAACGAAGUCAACAUUCCAGCAAGCAACGCAUUGGCAACAGCGUUCAAAACCUUCGUCAAGAACGAACUUAAACGGCGUUUUGGGGCCUUACAAAGUGUGAUACCUCAUUCUGCCGCAACUUUAAUCGACCCACGCUUUUUAAAAAUUACUUCACUGAUCCAAUUGCCCACAGCAGAGCCGUCACUUACGUAGAGAAUCGGAUCAUGGACGAAAUGAGAAAAGAGACUCGCCAAAAUUCAGAAGGUGUUAAUGAGCCAAACGAACCUGGAACAGUUGCUGCAAACGCGCGGGCAUCUGACUACCAAAAUCCCUCGACUAGUUGAGAAGAAGGACGCGGCAACAGCUUGUGGAAAGAUCACGACACGCUAGUGACAUCCUCGCAUAUUGCUGCCCUGACAGGCGACUUAAGUGAAGUAGCUAGAGCGGAACUACGAACUUUUUCAUCCAGGCAGCCUAUCAGCCACAACUGCAAUCCCAUUAAAAUUUGGCUGGGAAUGCGAAGCGAAUAUAAGUAUCUGUUUAAGGUGGCAAUGAAAACUCUGCCAAAUCUGGCUACAUCCGU